AUGCCGGACCCGUCUACUGCAGCAGCUGGUUGUCGUAAUUUCUACUGCCAGUUGGACCAGGACCACCCCUACCCUCCCAACAGGACGCUAGAGACGGACCGACAGCAUGGCUACGGGAGGGUGGAUGUGCAGUACCACGGCAAAUUCAUCAGGGGAUCCAGUGUUGAGAUUUUGUUCUCAUCCGACUACUGCGGCGAUCCUAGUACUAUCAGCCACGGCGAGCGGAUUGACUCUACCACGUCACCGCCCGAGGAUGCCGGGAAGGUUUUCCUGCCCGGAGACUCUGUGACGUACUCCUGCGAGCCUGGGUACGAGAUGGUGGGCCCGGCGACUCUGACCUGCGCCCCGGGAACGGGAACAGUGUACAAGUACCGCUGGGACAACUACAGACCCUACUGUAGAAGAACCAGCUGGCCCCCCUGUACAGACCCCGGCUUUCCCAAACACGGAUCCCAGCAGCACCCCGACGGUUAUGACGUAGGCAGCACGGUCACGUUCACCUGCAACACCGGGUACUACCCGAGCGGGUCCCAGGCGAGGACGUGCGGGCCCCGGCCGGACGGCUCCUCCGAGUGGAGCGGGGUGCAGCCGACAUGCGUCCUGGCACCCUGUGAAAAGCCAUCGGUGCCGGCUCACGCAAAGGUGACGGUGAUGUCGCUGCCAGACCUUGGGUACGUGGCUGUGUUCGAGUGCGACCCAGGUUACGUCAUGACGUCAGGAUCACCUGUGCGCACCUGUCGAAACGGCGCGUGGGACGGAGAGACACCUGUCUGCGAAGUAAAAGGCACCACUCCACUACCAACACCCACGGAACCAUCUACACCAGAACCGACAACAACAUCAGAGCCGUCCGAUACUACAGCGUCACUCACCACAACUGGACAGACUACGUUAGGUGAAACCACAACCGGGCAAACUACGUUAGGCCACUCCUCUACGGUGCCUCUUACGUCACCAGGAACAACGGGGGCAUCAACAUCAUCACCUGAAACAACCAAUCGGCACACAGCAACGACAAACCCGACAACCAACCAGAAGGAAUCAACUACGAUAUCGAAAACCACAAGACCAGAGAGUACAAUUCUAACAAAUACAGCACCCACCGUAACACCUGCUUCUAAUGGGACAAAAGGGCCACCGGGAAAGCAGGGGCGAGCGGUAAAUACAGGGGCGGCGAUAGGAGGAAGCGUUUCCGCCGUUGUGCUGGUGGCUGCUGUUAUCGGUGGUGUUUGUUACUACCGCAAGAAGUGCAGAACUCAGGAGCCUGAGAUUGAACGGGAAUGGCUGCAUAUCAACAACCCUACUACGCCAUACCAGCCCACCGCCCAGCCUGAGACCGGGCAUCUGGAAGAGCCAUUUUCUCUGGACGGCGCGAUCAGAAUGGAGGACAUCACAACUCUGGUGAUCAGUGACGCCCCCUGGGGACACAACCCUGCACUGCAGGACGACUACUGGUAGUUAAUCUACGCAAGCAGAAUUUGGACACUUGGUGUUGUAUAUAGUAUGUACAUGUGUAUGGAUCUCUGAAUCGAUAACAAAGUAUUUAAAGAAGAAAAACAUGUAAAAUGAAAAAUGGAUUUUAAAAAAUGGAAGCUAAUAUAGAUCAUCUCGAAGCAGAUGUUACUGUUGUUGCACACAUGUGUAUUUGACCGAUAUUAAAACAUGUGUUCACCUUUAUCCGAGGGUAACCUAUAUUUGUUGUUUUAAGAAAAAUCGUAUUUAGGGAUAUCAAGUCGACGAACGGUGGUUUCAAAUCGGAAUAUUUUGAAAAUAUUGCAAAUGUGAAACCACUGUCAGCAAACUUAAUUUUAGUGCUCCUAAAUGUGCUGUUUUUAAAAAAACAACGGACAAAGGUCACCCCAUGGAUAAAGGUGAACUGGCGUUAAUGUACUGCUAGUAAAGCUUUCAGAUAAACUGUUUGUAUCUCCAAACAGAUGUCGGAGGUUAUUGUUGCAUGUAUACAGGGGAAUUUCAGGAAUUAUUCGGAGAUAUUUGCAAAAUAUUGAUAUAAGAUUUCAGAUAAUUGUAUCAAACGUUACACAUAUGUUAUAAGACAAAAGCUAUUAAGCUUUUAAAAAUUUGUAAAAAAAAGUUCUAAAAUAUAUUUCGACUAAACCAUCAAUGGUCAGUGACAUUAACAUUUUCUUGACGAGUCGUAAUGACUCCAUUGCUAAUAAAUUUCUCUAUGCUGUACGUACACGUUACAGUUUACAAUGUAUGUGGGACAUUUCCUAAUAGAAUGUUAUGUGAGUAAGGUA